AUGCCUAAAAACCACGAACUGGCACAAAAUCGUUUGAGAGAAAUGGCAGAUGGCAGUGCACAGUUGAAUGAAAUAACAUGUAAAAAAGGACAGCAAACAGACAAGAUUGAGGACACUGCUUUUCCUUUACCUAGACCUAAACCUGACCUGCAAGUCAAUACAAACCCAAAACCUAUACAGAAAUCAUUGGCAAAUUUUGUGAUUAGUGAGGAUGAAGUGCCAGGGACACCCAUUGAAAAGAUGCAAGGUGACAUAAAUCGUAUACUGGUAAUGCUGCAAUCUCUUACCAUUCCUGAAAAGAAAAAUGACCUGAAGGAGAACAUGGAGUUAAUUCUGAUGUUAGAGCAAUUAUCACAGCUGCAAACCUAUUGGAGGUUGAACACCCUGGCAUCUGUGUUGAAAUUCUUGACGAUGGUUGUAAAGUUACAUGCUACCCAUGUCAACAAUUUUAUUUGUCUCGUCCAAAGAAGAUGUAAGUAUCUUCUGAUCAGUUAA